UGAGAUAAGUCGGAAGCGUCGCGGUCGGAAGGAACUCCUAGUUGGUGAUAGUGAUGAGAGGUCAUCGGUUUGGUCAGUGAGAAAAGUGAAAUCAGAACAAAGCACAGUAAUUUUCUCGUUUGUAAAGCUGGGAGUGCGUUUAUCAAUUGUGAAUUUCCAUUUUUAAUUCGCCGAACUCACCCAGAAUGUUAGAAUGGGUUGGGAUUUUGAAUGAUAUCAGACAAAAAAGCAUCUGCUAGCUCUAGAUAGAAUGUUUGAUGCCCCUGUGUGUAUGCAUCCGUCGUUCGCCGUCUGGUUCGAUUGAGGAGUGCACACACAUACCGUGACGGUGCGGAUGCGCAAGUGUGCGAUGAGAAGAUCCUUGUUCUGCGAGAAGAGUGCCAUCUCGAAGAAGGCAUUAUUAUUGUAGGCAAGCAUGUGCAUUAGAGUGGUCCAAGCUUAUGAUGGAAAGUAAAUAGUCUGGAAUUUCAUACUUUACCCUCUGAAAUGCAAGUAUUAGUGGUAAAAUUAAAGGGUCUUUUGCGCAUUUGUAAGGUUUCGAUGUACGUUUGAUUGUCGUUUGGGCUUAGUAUUCGAUUACCUUCAAUAAUUUUAAAAGUAUUAUUUUACUUGCGUUUAAAAUAAUUUGUAAACGGAUUGUUAUUCUGUUUUCAAAAGUCGUUUACAAAUAAUCAUUCUUUAAUCAAACAAACGAAAUUAGCAGACAUUUUCAUCUACCAAUAAAUCAGCUCAAGGCUUUUAGGAAAUUAGUAUUGAGGGCAAGGUAUGAAAGUUCCAAUUACAACUAUUCCAGGCCACCCUAGUGUUCUACCGUACUGUGGAGUGUUCUGAUGCAAACAUCUAGUAGAGAAAAGUGAACAACUUUUUGGUAGUGGUGAGAGAUGGCAAUAAUGUGAUGGUCCUGUUUAGUGUUGAUAGUGGGUGCAAUGAUCAUAGUCCGUCAAACUGAGAUGUUGCAUGACGACGACGACGACCACUUCUAGCUGUUUUCCGUAAUCAAUUUGUAAGCUGACAGAAAAUCAUCAUUUUUCAAAUCGAAGUGAUUAUGACGCCAAGAGUGUAAUUGAACGUGUCAAUGGGGAUGCUGUAAUGUUCGACAACGGUCGUCGAUCUCCGCCGUCAUCGGCAGUCUGUAAGUGAAACGGGGAGCAAAAAUUGAAAAUCCAGUUGAAGGGGGCAAGAAGAAAAUCAAGAAGAACCAAGUGCGACGACGACAACCUGCUUCCACAUGAAUAUCAACGGUCUCCGUGAGUGAGUGAUCCAAUACCGCAAGAGUAGCGAGUUACGAAAGUGUACAGCGUGGUGAUCAAUCAACAAAAUAUUGUGGGGUAUAAAAGUGGUGAUCGGUCGUAAUUAAAAGAAACAAAAGAAGGUGAAUGAAAGCGAAAGGAGCUCUUCUGGCGUAAUGGCAGAAAGAAAGUUUGCCCGCGGGCUGAACAAGCCCGGGAUGGCAGCACAGCUGAGGGAGAACAUCUCGCAGGUUGUACGUGAAUCACUUAGCAAACCAGUCCUAGUGGAACCUAUUGAUUUCGAAGGUUUCAUUGCCAAAAACAAAACUCUCAUCCAAAAUGAUCCUCAGCGUGAACUACUGCUGUACCCCAAUGAUGACGUUGCGGAAGUGGUACAGCCGAAAAAGUUCCGCACCGUCACCAGCAACAUUCCAAGUUUUGCCAAAGCCGUCAUCGCAUCCAGUAGUGGUGGUGGUGGUGCCCAAAAUGGGACCGCCACUACCAACGGGGCAUCCGGCGGGUCCCCACGGUGUAGCUCUCCGAGUGGUCCGGACACCAAACCGGCCGUAACGCCUACGGGGCACCUCCUAACGCGGCAGGCCCUGCACACGUACGAAUCGGCCAACCACCUAAUCCACUACAAGUACAGUGCCUACGGAGGGACCUAUCUGGAGCUACCACGAAUAUCGCCAUCGGAUGAGCUAAAGGAAGAGCUCUACGAAAUAGAUACCGACCAUGACCGGCUGGAUGAGCAGAUGACCCGUUCGCAGGCGGAUAGUAUUACCAAACAGGGCUACCUACUGAAAGGGCCGGACACCAACUCGGACCGCAUGUUUGCCCACAUUGGGUCAAAGUCUUUCAAGCGACGCUAUUGUUACCUACGGCAGGAAAUCGACGGAACCUACAUCCUGGAGCUGCACAAGGACGAGAAGCAAGUCGAGGCCAAAACCACCAUCGUAAUGGACUUCUGCACCGAAGUGGUUCCGAAUCCGAAAAAGGGCCGGUACUGUUUCGAGCUAAAAAUGAAUGCUCCUCAACAGAAGUCGUUUGCCCUGGCGGCCGACGAUGAGGCUGAUAUGGAAGAUUGGUUGAAGAAAAUAUCCUCCGUAAUCCAGCAGAACAAACUGCAGGAGGACAAACGGGUAGCUUCACUGGAACGAUCUGCGGCUCCUGCAGCACCACCGGCCAGUCCCAGUACGAUGAUGAUGUACGGAACGUUAAAGGGUCUGGAGCAAAGCAUGAACCCGCAGCUAAUAAAGUACGGCCGGGAAACUGACAUGUCCAUUGCCCAGGCCCGGAAAGACAAUCGGCGGAGAUUGUUUGGAGCGUAUCAGCAACAGUAUGGGCAUUUAGGAGGGAGUUCCGCGAAAGGUUCGGUGUCCGCAGUAAAAGUGGAACCGAUCGAGCCCUAUCGAGAGCAGUUCGGUCAGCGAAUUUUGAUGAAAUGUGACUCAUUGAAGUUCCGAUUGCAAGCGCCGAUGGACAGUGUAUGUGCUUCACCAGCGCUUAACGGAACUAACGGAGAAAGCGAGGUGGCGCUUUGUCAGCUGGAACCAUACCUAACCAGUGUGGCACUGUACGAUGCUAAAAAUGGCCGCAAGUUGACCGAAAACUUUUACUUUGACCUGAACAAAGUCCACGUACGGGACAUGCUGAACGCCAGUUGGGAAGCCGAGAAACCUCUUUGCACAUCGCCAAAACCUACGACCAAAGCGCAUCAACAGCAGAAUGGUAAUGGGACACUCCAACGGCAUUCCAAAACCCGAUGUGAUACCAGUGACGACCUGCACCCGGAUGUGACGAAGGAAUGGACAGCCAGAGCCAGGAAUGCGAUUUUCAGCGUCACCUCUCCAAACCCAGAUAUCUUUGUAGUGGUCAAAAUCGACAAGAUUCUGCAGGGUGCUCUGAACCAAUCUACGGAGCCCUAUCUGAAGGCUACGAAAGACAUCAAACUGCUGUGUAAGCUGCAGAAAACUGUACGGCAAUACGCACACAAAUGCGGUCACUAUCGAAUGCCGUUCGCCUGGGCAGCACGACCUCUUUUCCGGUUGUACAGCAACGAGCUGGAUACUUCGUUUGACUUUCCUGCUAUCUAUCGGCAGGAGAGUACGAAGUUGAAGGACGACGAGCUGUUGAAGUUGUUAGCUGAGUACAGAAAACCGGAUAAAUUCAGUAAACUUACCGUCAUUCCUGGUUCGCUCAAAAUCUACAUCGAGGCUUUGAAUGAAUUUCCUUCAAAUUGCCUAACAAGCACCCUUGUCCCAUUGAAACCUUUCCCGUCUCCGCCGGUUGCCGAUCCUACUUUGGAAAUAACCGAGUUUGAAAACCGAUCUGACCAGCAUCUGAACCCGUAUGCUACUUUCGUGAACCAUCUGUAUGUCUACCCGUUGCAACUAAACUACGACAGCCAGAAGAUUUUUUCCAGGGCUCGUAACAUCGCUGUUUUGAUCGAACUACGUGAUAGUGACACCACCGAAGCGAAAUCCAUUGAGUGUAUCUAUGGUCGUCCAGGUCAACCCACGCUUGUAUCUCAGAUGUCCUGUCCCGUUCUACAUCAUACCACUAGUCCAACGUGGUACGAAGAAAUUAAACUUAGGCUUCCUCUGCGCAUAACCGCGCAGCAUCAUUUGCUGUUUUCGUUCUUCCACGUCUCGUGCAACAUUGCCAAAAAGAAGGAUCUCGUAUCGACUACUACCGAGACUCCGGUAGGCUACGCUUGGUUACCACUGCUUACGAAAGGCAAAUUGAACAUCGAAGAGCAGUGUCUACCAGUGGCAGCAUCGCUACCUGCGGGAUAUCUCUCCAUCCAGCCUCUUGGCCUUGGGAAAGGGAAUGCCGGUCCGGAAAUCCAAUGGAUCGACAAUCAGCGGCAGAUCUUCACGAUCACGUUCCGGCUAGAUUCCACUGUCAUCACUACCGAUCAGCACCUGCACAAUCUGUUCCUCCACGCCGAACGCCUGCUCGAUCUACCGAAAACCGCCGCUCUUCCAGCUGAAUCCGAAAGCUGCAAAAUCCUCAAAGCUGCCCAUGCCAUCCAGAUCAAUUCAUUGAUCACAUUCCUGCCGACGAUCUUGAACCAACUGUUUACCCUUUUAGUUGCUACCCAGAGCGAUGAAAUCGGUCUGAACGUCAUUCGACUACUCGUAAACACGUUUCACAUGAUCUCCGAAGAAGCUAAGCGUAAGGAACUGCUCCUCUCUUACGUUAAAUACGUCUUCCGAAUCGAUGCGUUCCCCGUAAACGGUUGUUCACCAACUUCCCAGCAGGUCAGUACGGUUCAUGGCGAACUGUGUCGGCAUCUUCCAACUCUCCUCCAUCAGAACAAUACAGACUUCCUGCUCGUCAACAAGUUCAUGAAAUACUCCGGUAUCUUCUUCGACAUCAUCGUCAAAAGCAUGGGUCAAUUCCUGCUCUCAACAGGCCGCAUCAAAAUGCAACGAAAUGAGCGAUUCCCUAAGGAAUUCUCCACUCGAAUAGAAUCUCUCUUUAGCGUUCUUUUACCCUACCUGAACUCCCGCCAUAAAGAUCUCCCAAUGGAAACCGAAACGCUCAACCACAGUAUGUCGGUCUUCGUGAAACGCUGCCUAACCUUCAUGGAUCGCGGCUUCGUGUUCCGGUUAAUACGACUAUACAUGGAUCGCUGGGGUCCCGGUGAUUCACGAGUUCUCCAAGAAUACAAAUUCGCAUUCAUCCGAGAGAUUUGCUCCCAUGAACAUUACAUUCCGCUGAAUCUACCUUUCCUGCUGAGCCCAAACAAUCGACCACCAGAUUUGCUACAACAAUUUUGUCUAUCCGAAGACUUCUGCAAACAACAUUUCCUUGCAGGAAUGCUGCUGCAGGAGGUAAAAGGCUCACUCAAUGAGGUCAGUCAUAUCCGAAGGCUCGGGUUGACGAUCCUCAAGGACCUCAUGGCGAAGCAUGACUUAGACGACAGAUACCAAAACAAGGGUCAACAUAGCCGCAUUGCUUUGUUGUACGUCCCGUGGUUGGGCAUUGUACUUGAAAAUCUCAAUCGUAUACCGGAUGGAAUGGAUAAGAAAAAGCAUGAUUCGAUCGGUACCAACCGAAUGUCAUGCAGCAGUAGUUACGUGUUCGCUCGGGAAUCUACACCUGCCAUCAUUCCACAAACUGUAACUUCCCAAACUAGCACACCCAAAUCCCGUAGCAAUCGAGUAACGAUGCACUUCGACUGCCCAAGUCCGAUAAGGUCAUCGCUUCAUCUGAAGGACACAAGCUUCUUGGCCGCCAUUGCUGGUCAGAUGAACUUAUCGAACGGGCAUUCGACAACUUCCCUAAACUCUGAAUGCUCAACCUUGUCGCAGGACGGCACAGUUGUGAUACGAAACAAUUCCAUUGAAAUGAAUGGUUCCGCCAGACCUAGUCAUGCCCGAUCUAUUAGCGUUACUCAACCGACGAUCAUCCAAAGAACCGAUAAAUUUACCCCAGCCGAAACCAAAGAUCUGUUGAUCAGCUUUCUGUUUGUAGUCAAACAUCUCUCGCCGGACCACAUGAUUGCCUGGUGGCAUAACUGUACGGAGAGUGAAACGGUGCAAUUCUUCACGGUUCUGGAUCUCUGUCUACUCUACUUCCGAUACGUGGGGAAGAAGAACAUCCAGGUCCCCGGCGAAUCCGGAAGAGACACCAAAGCCAGCAAGUCGGCCAAAGCAAGUACCCUCCCGGCAAGAAUGAUGCCUCCGAGCAGUGAAUCGGCUAGUUCGUUCGAAUCCGGAACGCUCAACCAUCCCCAGAAUCGGGAAAAUUUGGUCGAAGAAACCAUGCGUCUACAUCGAGCGCUCUACGAGUCCAAUCUAGCUACGGAGAUCGGCUUAACCAUCCUGGACUGCAUGGGACUCUACUCGAUACAGUUCCGGGACUCGAUGCUGGAAAGCUCGGUGCUGCCGAAGAUCGCUCGAGUCUACUUGCGAUUUUUGCAGUUGGGACAGUCGGAAACUCUGUCGAAACACGUCUUUGCUGCACUUCGGGCGUUUAUAAAUAAUUUUUCUCAAGCACUUUUUAAGGGAAAUGCCAUCCUGUGUGGUCAACUAGUCUACGAAUUACUGAAGUGCUGUGACAGCCGGCUGUCGAAUCUACGUCAGGAAGCGUGUGCCGUGUUGUAUCUUCUGAUGAGAAGCAACUUCGAGUUCAGCGGUCGAAAGGGGUUGACCAGAGUUCAUCUGCAGGUGAUUAUUUCCGUUUCGCAGAUGAUUGGGAACGUUAUUGGGCUGAACAACGCCCGCUUCCAGGAAUCGCUUUCCAUUAUCAAUAGCUACGCAACGAGUGACAAGGCAAUGAAGGGGUCAGGUUUCCCGAUGGAGGUAAAGGAUCUGACGAGGCGAGUUCGGACGGUUCUGAUGGCAACGGCGCAGAUGCAAGCGCACCACAUGGAUCCGGAGCGGUUGCUGGAGUUGCAGCACUCGUUGGCGAAUUCGUAUGCAUCUACGCCGGAACUGCGGCAUACCUGGCUGGUGACGAUGGCUCGCAAUCACGAGCAGAAUGGCAACCUGUCGGAAGCGGCCUGCUGCUAUUUGCACAUUGCGGCGUUGAUAUCCGAGUAUCUGAAACUGAAGGGUAACAGUACGGUGGCAUUCGGAGCGGAGUCGUUUGUCAAGAUCUCCAGGAACAUUCCACGGGACGAGAAGGGGCUGAAGUUGGAUAGCGGUGCAUCGGAUUCGCAGUAUACGGAGCAGCUGUUGCUGGAUCAGCUGAAGGAGUGUGCCGAGUGCUUGGACCGAGCGGAACGGCACGAGUGCCUGGGGGAGCUGUACCGGUUGAUUGUGCCGAUUUUGGAGAGUCGCCGAGACUAUCCGGGGUUGGCGCAGAGCUACGAACACCUAAUGCAGUCGUACAAUCGGGUGAUCGAGUUCAACAAGACGGGGAAACGUCUUCUUGGGCGGUUCUACCGUGUGAUCUAUUACGGGCAGGCAUAUUUCGAGGAGGAGCAUGCAGUUGAGUACGUGUACAAAGAACCGAAGGUGACUUCGCUGAGCGAGAUAUCCGAGCGACUACACAAACAGUACCGAGACAAAUUCGGCAGCGACAACGUGAAGAUGAUAAUGGAUUCCUGCCCGGUUGACGUCACAUCCCUAGACCCCAAGAUGGCUUACAUCCAGGUGACGCAUGUGGUUCCGUUCUUUUGCAAGGACGAGCUCGAGAUACGACAGACGGAGUUCGAACAGAACCAUGACGUCGAUACGUUUAUGUACGAGACUCCGUUCACACCGAAUGGCGGAGCACGGGGAUCCGUGGAGGAUCAAUGGAAACGACGGACCAUUCUGACAACACAAUACAGUUUCCCGUACGUAUUGAAGCGUAUUCCGGUCAAGGAGCGCCAGACAGUGGAGCUGAGUCCGAUUGAAGUGGCCAUCGAUGAGAUGCAGGCCAAGGUAGCGGAACUGGAGGAGGUUGUUCUCGGUCCGAUCGAUCUGAAGAAGUUGCAGCUACGUCUACAAGGUAGCGUAGCCGUUACGGUGAAUGCCGGUCCGCUGGCAUACGCCUCGGCAUUCCUCGAUCCCAAACAGUGUUCCAAGUACCCCUCGGAAAGGGUCGAGGAUCUGAAGGAUAUCUUCCGGGAAUUUGUGCGGAUCUGUUUCACGGCAUUGCAAAUCAACGACAACGUCAUCUCGUCGGAUCAGCGUGAGUACCACAAUGCCCUGAAGGAAAACUACGAAAAUCUGUGUUCAGCACUCAGCGAUCUGUUGGGUGAGUUUGUCUAUCCCACGGACGACAGUAAUAAUAACGCUCACCGCCACAGUCUUGCCUUGUUCAGUGCCAUUAGCGGUGCGCCGAACAAUUCCAGCACUGCUUAAGGGUAAAGUAUUUGUAGGGUUUUAAAAGCAAAUGUCUCAAUUUGGUUUCGAUGGAUUUUAGGGGCCCUUAAAGCUAGUUUGAACGACAUCUCCCAAGUCAUAAAAGGCGCUCAAUGAGCAUCAAUAUGGUUGAGAAAAAUAACCCAAAUGAAUGAUGAAAUCACAUCAAUUCCAGUAAAGUUCAAUUCCGGUAAAGUCUGGAAUAUUUGGUCUGUUUUUGCCAUAUUAUCGAAACUUUCGAGUUUGACUUUCUGUUGAAGGAUUCAACCCCAUCUCAACUUUAGGCAAAUUUAAAAUUUUAAAUAACGUAAUAAGAGGAGCUUUCAAACUAUCCUGAAGCACACGGCAAGUAAGUUUUGAUAUAACGAAAUAUUGCGAAAGGUCUUUCUACUAGGAAUGGUUAUGCAACAAAAAUUAUAGGUAGAUUACGAAGUAGAUCAAAGGUGACUAAACCAACCAGGUUAAUAAUUCUUCGAAAGCUGUUUUGUUAUUACAUUGAUAGGAUUACUGAGAAAAUUUCGGUACAUAUUCUAGAUACGUGCUAAUGAUAAAACAGCAUUCGGAUUGCAAUAGCGCACAAAACACUAGUUAAUAUUUAGAGAAAAUUGAAAAUUGACAUCUCCACAAAUAGUCUCUUACAAAAAAGCACAUCACCGCCCGAUUCUAUUAAGCUCGACAUCUUCUCUCUUGGUUCCGCGCACGACUCAGGAACUUGUCAGCGAUAUCCACUGGCAAUGCCCCGGUUCUGUAUUUAUUGUAUAAAAAUCACCGUCACAUGCAGAUUUUAUUGCUAUUAUGCAGUAGCAAGCUAUCUGAAAUCUCGAUUAUUUAGAUGUUGUAUUCAUGUAUAAAUCAAAUUAACGUUAUUGUUAUAAUUGAUCAAACGCCAGUCCAGGCGUCGAAAAAUAAAAACUCUUAGAUACGGAAUUUUGGGGCUCGACAGCUCGGAAAAAAAAUUCAAAUUGGAACUUACCUCGCAUAACUUAGUUUCAGUUUAUCACGGGACCUUUUUUCGCGGACCGAACACACGAUUCAAACUUGCGUCCCAAUUCGGUUGACUUGCCAGAAGAAAGUUUUAGCAGUUUUUACUUUUCUCCUUCACGUUUUAUGUUCUCGUUUUUAUUCCUAUCAAUUUGUGUCUCAAAUAAUUCAUGCUUUUUAAUUUAUACCUACGGUAUAACUAUUAAUUUUGAAACGUGUGACAAUUUAUCUAUCAAAUUUGACUAUUUGCGUCAAACAACUUGAAAUAAUAGAAAAUUAACACAAACAAAUAACAAAUUAUCCAAGACUGCAACAAGUGAACCGUUUCAAAUUAUCCUCAAAAGGAGCAACUUAACCCAUAAGAAUGUGUAUGUUCGAUGUGCACUGUGUUUUAGCUGAAAACAUAUACCUACCAACUUACUCUGAUACUCUUUCACACCACUGAACUCUCUUAUGAUGUCGAAUCGAAACCUUUUUUGAAACCAGUUCAGCUAUUACACAAUUCGUUAUAAAUAUAAUACAUACUAGUCAGUUGAAGCACUUUGUAUUCGUUUUUAUUUUGUCUAUAGAAACGACCCAUGUACAAUCCUCUAAUUAACGCUAUGUGUGAAUGUAAAUUUUCGUACCCAUUUAAGUUGUAAAUAUUCUUGUAAAAAUUCCUCAUCUUUCAAAUAAGUAGAAACUAUCCGCAAGUUGUUGUUUUUAAAUGUUAUUUUAUUGAACUCGAAUGAAAUUUUAUGAUAUUUUAUUGUCAUCACAGAUGUAGUGCAUUGUUAUUGCCUUUGGGCGUUUAGUGUUAUUUUCGCUUCGAUUGGAGGUUAUUUCCCAAAUUAAGGGUCAUAAUGGACAGUUUUUCCACUGUUUAUUACAAUAUUUGAAAAGCUUAGCUUACUGCUCACUUUGUUAAGAUUAGUCUCAAACGAAAAUUAUCAGAUCUUACAUGAUUGGUGAAAAUUGAUCAAAUCUAUAGUAGAAAAACAAUCUUUCAAUUUCAAACCUUAUAAACGAAUACUCAGACUCUUCAACAGAAAAUCAGGAAGCAUCUGAACCAGGAACAAAAUACUACAUAAACAUAUAAUAUUAAUGGAAUGAACAUUGAUAAGGAACUUUACACGUUUAUUGGAAACAUAGGUUUUAAGUAGGUAUUUGCAGUAAAUUACAACAAAAUAUACACCCAAAACAACCAUAUACUUACUAAUAGUCAAAUGAUACAAAGUAAACUGACAUGUGUGAAAAAACUGACAGUGCUUGAAAUCCCAGUGGAACUUGCAAAACACGUGCACAGUAGUAUGGGACAAACAUCAAAUUCUCGCUCCAGUCGACUUUUUUGAUUCCAUUUAGGUCCCAUAUGAACUGUACAAAAUUUCAGCGCAAUCGGUGAAACUAUAAUUUAGCGCAAGCGGUUCAAAGUUUUCAUAGGAUUUACUAUGGGAAAAGUUACACUUUCAGAUAAAAAAUCCCAGAGGUCGUCCGUUGUCCCCUUAAUUCAAAUCGAUCAAUGCUUCUUGUAGAAAAAUCAUUUAUGAAACUUUCCUUCGAAGACCGCAAAACGAUUGGAUGCUUGUGGAAAAAGUUAUAGAUUUAUUACCGAUUAGUGAUCCAACGAACGGCUUUUUGUUUUGUUUUAUUAGCAGCACUGUAGCUGCCUUGGCUGCUGCUGUUUCUGGGGGUGGUGAUACCUCCCGCCACCCCAUGCAACAACGGCAGCAGCAGUGCUGCUGAUAAAACAAAACAAAAAGCCCUUCGCUGGAUCACUAAUCGGUAAUAAAUCAAUAACUUUUUCCACAAGCAUUCAAUCGUUUUGCGGUCUUCGAAGGAAAGUUUCGUAAAUGUUAUUUCUACAAGAAUAAUUGAUCGAUUUGAAUUAAGGAGACAAAGGGCGACCCCUGGGAUUUUUUGUUUGAAAGUGUAACUUUUCCCAUAGUAAAUCCUAUGCAAGCUUUGAACCGCUUGCGCUAAAUUAUAGUUUCUCCGAUUGCGCUGAAAUUUUGUACAGUUCAUAUGGGGCCUAAAUGGGAUCUAAAAAGUCGACUGGAGCGAGGAUUAUUUUUUUCAUACAAGCGUGUCCCACACUAGUGCACAGCAUAGCAAAUCAAAUGGAUAAGAAUGGAAACAAAAAUUAAACGCAACAUUACAUAGGCAUAUUCAUUCAAUAAACAUAACCAACGACGUGUUGUACGGAUGCUGUACCCGAAUAUAAUCGUACUGGAUAACCAAUAAUAAAUGGCUGAAUACCCUUUA